CGCAGCUUCCUCUGGGGUUGAAAGAACGGCAGUUGGCACUUUUCUAAAGCAGAAAAACGGAGAAAAGUACCAGGAUACAAACAUGUACUGGAAUGUCACAGCCUGAGGACCUUACCAGCGACCGAUGCGGAUCUGGUUUGGAGUCGUCCCUGUUUUUGGCCGCAUGGACAAGAGAAAGAACUUAAGGGGGACGUUCCUAGUCCUCUUCAUUAUCACCUUCAUCGUCAUCUUCAUCUUCCUCACCAAUGUGAGAACACCCAGGAUAUUUAAUUUGAUCCCACAGCCACAUGGGCCUGUGAAACCGGACUUACCUGAAGUGUCUGACCAGACCAUCACCCCACUGGUCAAUACAAAGCACUUACUGGUGUCAGCCUUCAUGGACCAGAGGGUCACCGGCUUUGACAUACGCAUCAUUGGCAUAUUUAGGAGAGACUCCAUCCAAUCACUUUACUGCAUUUUCCUCUGUCUAAGUUCUACUUUGUCAAGCACAACCCCAACAAACAUUUUACAACACGCAGACAACUUUGGUUUUUCCUUCACCGCUACAGAUGUGAUGUGUCAAAUUCCUCAGAGCUGCGACGCCACACACGUCACUCUCCUGACGCAGCCGGAUUAUGUGAAGGAUCUGAAGCAGAAGUGGCUCCCGAUAAGAAACAAAGUGGCGCUAAAGAAGGAGGAUGAGUUUGAGUUUGACUUCACGGUCUGUGUCUCCACCCUGUUCGGUGGAUACAACAAUGUGCUGCAGUUUGCACAGACGCUGGAGAUGUACAGGCUGCUGGGUGUGGACAGGGUGGUGAUCUACAACACCAGCUGUGGUCCAGAGCUCAACCGCCUGCUGCACCAAGGUUGGUAGAGCAGACCUCCAGCUCCACGUGGACACGUGAUUGUACUUGACUUUAAGGACAAGCUGAUACCAAGAGUAAAUAAGACUGUGAAGAAAGCAGGCCUGCUGAGCUCAGGACAGGAGACAAGAGGAUAGAUAAAAAGACAAUUAAAAUAAUAAUACCCUGCAUUUCUCAACUGCUGGCAGCGGACUAACCACCAUGUAAAACAGGUUGUGACAGAUGAGCCAACAGUUGUCCUAGUUGAACCGCGUCCAAAACAAAAGGAUCUAAGAUCCAAAUCUUCAAAAUACCUAAUAGCAGAGAAAUAGCAUCAGGGCUUCAUAUACUUCAUAUAUAAAAUACUUCAUAUUUUGGAAACGUGUGCUUACUGUAUGUCGGCCCUUGAUGGGAACUAACCUGGUCUGGUGCCAGGAUGAAAAAAAACUUUUUAUAGAAAGACUUGUUGCUUCCUUCUCUCCGCCCGUAGGUGUGUGUGUGUGUGUGUGUGUGUGUGUGUGUGUGUGUGUGUGUGUGUGUGUGUGUGUGUGUGUGUGUGUGUGUGUGUGAAUGGUUGUAUGUCUCUGUGUCUCUGUGUGGACCCAUCCAGGUUGUACCCCGCCUCUCGCCCAUAGCCAGCUGGGUUAGGCUCCAGCACCUCCGUGACCCCGCAUAUGGGAAUAAGCGGCUUGCAAAAUGGAUGGAUGGACUUGUUGCUUCUGCUUUUGCUCUCUGUACUUGCACUACAAACAUUCUGUGUUUCCUCUAAUUUCCACCAGAGCUGAUGGCACCAGCUGCAUCGGUAUAUGAUAGUAAAGCCAUUGUUAUGCCACAGAAAGGUAGAAAAUUGUUAUCUCCUGUGU